CAGCAAUCCGUACCAGAAGAAGAUUCCUCCUUUGAUAAAGUGGGCAAGUCCAUUGAAGAUGUUGUUGCCGCGCUAUGUGUGGUCAGUGGAGGUCUUUGUGCUCAGACUGCGCCCUGCUCAGGGGCACAAACGGGUUACUUACGAAGAUGCCGGCAUAUGUAACCCCUCCCGUCACCAAUGCGAUGAAACCGAGAACCAGAAUCGUCCUGUCAAUGACCUCGUACGCCACUUCAAAGACCCGCAGAAACUUGGCCGACAUCAGAUUGGGCACCCGCGUGGACAGAUACUUGUCGAGAGCUUUGAUCCGCCACCAGCGAGGGCUCCAAGCCCGUCUGGGCACCGCCGGCUCAUCGUCCUCGUCUUCUGGAUCCGGCUGCGGUUCUGGCUUUUGGUAGUCGUCGAAAGGAUUACGUUGAUGGGGGUCCAGAGGAGAACCAUUACCGCUGUGAAGAGUCGAUGACUGCUCGGUUCCUUGACCGCUGUCUCCGGACCAGCGGUGGUCCGUGUAAGGUGACGAUCCACGUCGCAAUCCAGCCAAUUUUGUGGUGAGCAUUGUUCUCGUACAGAUCUGGAGUAUUGAUAUUGUACACCGUUCCGAACAGGACACCGAGGCCAUUGAGUACGAGGAACAGGAAUUGAACUGGAAGCGCAUAUCUCGACCGAGCAACGCUGAAAACGACGCCUGAAAUCUACAAAGAACCAAGCGACCACCAUAAGAAUGAUAUGUGCCAGGAUCAUGUUCCCGUGCUGGCCCAACCCAGCAUAGCUGGGUAGAUUGUACAAAUCAUUAUCGUCCAUGGGCUUCUUCUCCUGAGGUUCGGCCAUGUCCAUACUACUGUGUUCAUCGCCGCCAUGGGCCGCUGCCAGCACGGCGAGCUGAAGCAGCACAGCUGCUAGGGUAUAUCUUGAACGGGACAUCCGAGUGGCACGAUGUCCCCGAGUAUAUCAACGAUCCUGCUGUUACGCCAGUCGCGCAGCCUCAACAACCCCGACCGUCAAUCACCUUAGGACGCCAGGAACGAUAUUGGGGGGUAGGAUGGAGGACGCUCGCGAGAAAACAGUUAAUUGAGACGAGGGUCCGGCUCCGGAUGCUUUGCGACGGUUGCGACAAGGACGACGAGAUUAUGAGCAAAAGAAAGAGUCCUGUACAGGUGCACAAUGGAGGAUACACAGAGAGAUCAAGCAAGAAGACAAUCGAGAGAAGCGCCAGCUCUCGACGGAGCGGUACAACGACAUUAAAAAUCAAAGCGGCGGUCGGUCGGUCUGUUACUGUGGUUCGAGUCAUUCGGCACCCAGCGACCGUGAGCGCGCGACAGACACACGGACGGAUUGGUCAGGCGUGUGGAGGGAAAUGGUUCCAUACUGACAGGCCGGAGUGUUCGGAUGCGCCAUGCUGCCUAGUCGAUGGUGGUGCAUGUGUUUGUCGAGCCCGAGUCUCUGUUAUCGCCGGUGCCAGUCCCGCAAGGCGUUGGAUAGAGGGACACGGGCGACCAGGGCGGGAGCGAGGAAGACGCGUGAUUGGGUCGGACGAAAAGAGGGCCGUCUUGCCAAGUGCGCGUCAUAAGUUGCAGGGGCGGUUUGGGUGGGGAGCCGCUGCUAGUAUCACCUAAGACGAAGGCAGAAAAAAAGCACUCGAACUAGGUUUGAACAUGACGGGCCCUGCGAUCGGGGAUCAGGCUGCGGCUGGAAGUCUGCGGACCACUGGCAGUGGCACUCGGCUGCCAUGGCUGCUAGUCACUUGACUCCAAGGCUGACGGAUGAUGGUCGGAGUGGAUAACUCGGCACCGCUGAGAAAGACCACGACAGAAAGACAGAGAACAGAGAAACAGCUAGCUAAGUUGAAGCUGAACAAAUGCAGUGCCCGUCUAAAGGCUUCCAUCGCCUGCCAUAGGCACCUGGUAGGUACGGAUAUAGGCAUCCCGAAGUCCCAUCCGGGCCUUAACCUUACAUUGUAGGUCUUAGCUUAGGUAACCAUCUGCACGCA